UCAAUGUGUUCCGGUCGUGGUUUGUAUGAAAAAUCAACAGCAAAGCGAUAAUCGUUCAUUAGCAGUGUCUUUCCCCGAGGAUUCAGCCAGAACACAUCUAAGAUAAACCGUCAAUAUGAGAUUACUGCUCGUUCUGGCUAUUGUCUUGAUCAACACCGUGCUUUUCACAUCGGCUGGCAAGAAAAAUAAAUGUGGCCCCAUGGUUAAGGAACACAAUUGCGAGUGCAAGGCCAAAUCAGAGGGCCAGUUGAAAAUGGAGGGUGGGAAAUUGCUGAUGUGUGAUGGUAGUGAAUAUAAAGCUCUGCAGUUUGAAAUGCCUUCCAAAAAUUCAAGGGCGAAUCCAGCUUAUUCGUGUAAGGAAAUCAAGGAUGAGGACACAGCAGCCGAGGAUGGAAUUUAUUGGCUUACGUUUAAGAGUGAUCCCGCUGUUUUCCCAGUUUACUGUGACAUGUCUAAUGGAGGAUGGACCAUGAUAUUCAAGGCGGUUUCCGGGGCGAAGGAAAAUGCUUUCAACGCGUACAAUUCGGGUGAAACUCUCGCUGAAAAUGACAUGAGCGCUCUCGACGUCACUACAAAGACCGGUGACUACAAGAGUAGGAUAAUCUUAAACUGGGCUGAGUUUAGUAUAUCUGAGGCGAAAGUUGUCCUUUACGAAGGAAAUAGUGCUGUAAAGGAGCUUUUCUUCAACGCCCAGGGAUCGGACAAAUUGAACUGGUUUUCAAACGACAAACUGAAGGAGCCCUACCCGUGGACAGAUGUGAAAAAUGGGGAACAGAACUCCUUUUCCAUCCAAGGAUUAAGCGGUCGUAACUUUUUCAUCAACAAGAGCUAUGGUGGAUGUCCUAAUGACAACGGAUGGAUGGCUAUAACUUCGACUCACUGUUCAUGGGAAAAUCGAUUUGGAGAAGAAAAAAACGUCGUUCUUUACAGCAAGCUUGAGACAUACACUAAUUGGAACACUGCAGAUAACGUCGGGAAAGCAGAUGUUCUGGCGGUUUUUGUGCGCUAAGCAAUCACCACCACUGAAAUUGGACUACAUAGGAUGGCAGAGAAUUGAGGCAAUAUAAUUAGUUGCUUUUCUGCAGGGUUUCUUGUGAAGGGUUUCAUUGAUGUACCAAGGUAGCAGGUGGAGAUUCAGUCUCCCACCCUCUCUGAUGCUUAGAAAAAAUGUGGCCUCAAAUUAAAUCCAAUAAAACAAUAAGUUCAUUUGAA